AUGGCCACGAAAGCGGUACAUAUAGAAAUCUUCCAGGAGGAUGUAAAUAAUUUUUCUGUACGGAAAAACAUUGAAUGGCACUUCAAUCCGCCUCUGUCUCCGCAUUUUGGCGGUAUUUGGGAACCGGCAGUGAAGUCUUUCAAGCAUCACUUCAAGCGCGUUGUAGGGGGACAGCUUCUAACUUUCGAAGAGCUUAAUACGCUGGCCAUCGAAAUCGAGGCGAUUUUGAAUUCUCGUCCUUUAUGCUCGAUCAGCACUGAUCCCAAUGAUCCUGUCGCACUGACACCUGCGCAUCUUUUAGCUCGUCAGGAUUUCUGGAAGAGAUGGCAACUGGAGUACUUGGGAGAGCUACAAAAGAGACAAAAAUGGUUCAGCGUUAGUGACAAUCUUAAACUCGAGACCGUUGUCCUUAUCAUCGAUAAAAGACAACCCUGCAUGAGGUGGCAACUGGGAGUGGUCCUUGAAGUUCAUCCUGGAAACGACGGAAACAUUCGAGUUGCUACCAUAAGGACAGCACAAGGAACAUUUAAAAGAAACAUCACGCAAUUAUGUCCGUUACCUGAUGUAGCUUGA